CCCAGAGGCAAGAGGAGAAUGAGAGGCAGACAAGGAGAUGAAGCUAAUGGCUUGAAAGAAAGCCACACGAUUCUGCCAAUCACAUCUCCUUCUUUCAAUUCAUUCGUUGGUAUGGGAUAAUCCUCACUUGUCAUAAAAGAAAAAGAAAGAUUGUCUUGUUUGAACAAUCAGUCUUUCAACUCCCAAGUAAUUCCUAGAAUUCAUAUCAUCAUGAAAAAUAUCUGAAGAUGAAAGAUUGCUGAAUAGGGUUUUUAUCGAUGAUGAUGGCAACUCUACCUGUGUGCUCGGCUACUGCUUGCUCAUCUUCCCAUUCGCAGAUAUGUAAACUCAUGCUCCUGCAGAUUCCUAUCUACUGGGGUCUGAGAUCCUUUUCCUCCUGUUGGAAAACAUACCAGAUGAAAUGCAAUGUCGUGGACCAGGUGGCAUUGGACUUGUAUAGUUCAUUUCAUCUUCAUGGAGCUUCCUUCCGAGGACAAUCACCUAUAUCCUUGUACUCAGAGUUUGUAGACAAAAGCAGUCUGUCCAGUUCCAGUGAUAUCAUUCGUAGUUCUUGCCAAAAUGUAUUUGUUGGUGUCAAUCGUGAAUUAUUGACCAAUGGGAGAUAUCAUCUGGCUGUAACUUGUGACUCUCACUCCAUAGGCACUGGAAAUCUGAGAUUUGUAGAUAGUUCUGCAUUACCUGCUGGAGGGGAGGAGGUUAUGGGUUUUAGUAAUAACUUGGUGAAUAUCGCUAAGUUCACACCAGAGUCUGCUAAUCUAGAGUCCAUAACUACCGGAGAUCUCACCCAGGGAAAUCUUAUCUCGAUAUUGGAUUCAUUGGACUUGGAUCCAAGUUCCUUAUCUGAUGUGAAAGCAUCUGCUUUGAACGUUUUCUCUGAAGUCAAUAAAUCUAUCACUGGUUCAAUUGAGAACAGGCAAAGUUAUUUGAACAAUUCAGUUGAUGGAAUUUGCUCGUCUGUUACAUCAGCUGUUAGAGGUGCUACUCAGGCAUUUGAUGAUGUGAUUAGUAAGUUGACAUUCACUGUGGACAAAACAGGGGAUUCAGCAAGUAAUGGUGUGACAGCCUUUUCGACUGGCUUGAAAGAAGUCUCUGGUAGGGUUGGGGUUCUUGCUAUUGAUGCAUUGAGACAUACAAUUCUCAUUGUUGAGGAUUUGGUAUCACGAGGUGCCACACUUGUUGUGUAUUCUUAUGGGUCUGUGAAGGAGAUACUUCCUACGGAAGUCCAGGAUGCGCUAAAUGUGUCUGAAGAGCAUGCUGUGAAGCUUCUUACUCCAUUUGGGACGGCUCUGGUACAGGGCUACGUUGCUUUGGAGGGUCUGGAGAGGAGUCUUGGCUUGGAUCCAAGUGACCCAAUUAUUCCAUUUGUUCUUUUCCUUGGGGCAUCAACUUCUUUUUGGGCUUUUUAUUGGAUAUUAACCCAUGGUGGAUAUGCUGGGGAUUUAUCUCCCAAGUCAAGUUUUGAGCUUCUGAAAGGAGACAGGAAUGCUGUACUCGUUGAUAUCCGGCCUGAGGAUCUUAGAGAGAAAGAGGGCAUUCCUGAUCUUCGACGCGCUGCUCGGUCUCGUUUUGCCAGUGUAACACUACCUGAGAUUGAUGGAUCUGUAAGGAAGUUAUUCAAGAGUGGAAGAGAACUUGAUGACUACCUGCUAGCUGCUGUCAUUAGGAACUUGAAGAUUGUUCAAGACAGGUCUCAGGUUAUAGUUAUGGAUGCUAAUGGUAACCGUUCCAAGGGCAUUGCAAGGUCACUCCGGAGACUUGGAAUCAAGAGACCAUAUUUGGUCCAAGGUGGCUUUCGGUCUUGGGUUGAAGAGGGCCUACGCGUUAAGGAGUUGAAACCUGAGACUGCAUUGACAAUCCUAAAUGAGUGCCAAAAGUGAAAGAUGUCUUUAUUUAAAAAGUAAUUACUAUGAGCUAUACAACAGUGAAGUCACACCAAUGAUUAUGCUAAUCAUCAUGACAAGUCAGCUACUUCGGUCACCAAAAGUAGGGAUCAGAUACAACCAUACACAACAACAACAAUGGCAACAAGAUGCUCAGUGUAUUCGCACAAAGUGGGGUCUGGGAAGGGUAAAGUGUACGCAUUCCAUACCACUACCUCUACCUCUGAUGAAGUAGAGAGGUCGUUUCCGAUAGACCCCCGGAUUAAAUACAACCAUAUAUUUAAAAUUAUGAACUUUCCUCUCUUUCUUUCUAACCAAGCAUACCAAAAUAAGUGGAUGAUUGUCCAAUAUUUCUCAUCACCCCUAUACUUGACCAACUAUUUACGAAACAAGAAAAUUGUCAGUAGACAAUUGCAUGACUUGUUGUAAAACAAGCACAAUUGCAGCCAAUUCAGCGAACCAUUUGCAGUGGAAAAUGUUCUUACGAAAUAAACAAAGACUAAUAGAAAUUCAAUUCUUAUCUUAUCAUAUGAAAGGGUUCCACCAGUUGCUUCUCAGCCAACUAAAGCAAGAAGCUUAUCUCAGCCGUUUUCCCUUAUAAACAGGCAACCAUGAAUUCCCCCAUCAAUAUUUUUCAAGGCAUUAUAAUUUAACUUUAUGGUAAAAAUACACUGCUUAACCUUUCACAAUGCUCAAGACAAUCCCUCCUAGAGAGGUAAAUCGGUUCGUGAAUAUAUUAACCUCCCUUUCUUGGACAAUCCUUCUAAACUUUGGAUUAGGUAACAACAUUCUGCUUCUCACUCAUAUGUCUCCUUAACAGUGCAUAAUUUGUUUGUUGCUUCCUGUUGCAUGUCAUUAGAAUGUUUUUAUAUUGCAUGACCAUAUAUUUAGUGAGCUUCUGCUGCAACUUUCUUUGAAAUAGAACAAAGUUGAGGCAACCUUCGUGAUCUUUCUUUAGAGCAAAAUGAUUAAUGCAGUAAACAAGCAGCGUGAACUCAGAUCAACGGAGAUUCCGAGCACUUCCCUGUCUUGAUAGGGCUGCACCAAGGAUUAACUCUUAGCCCCUUUUUAUUCGCCUUGGUGAUGGAUGUGUACACGAAGCAUACAAGGAGAGGUGCCGUGGUGUAUGCUGUUUACGGAUGAUGUAGUGUUGAUUGAUUAGACACAGGGAGGUGUUAAUGCUAAGUUGGAGGUUUGGAGAUAAACCCUGGAGGCUAAAAGAUUCAGGUUGAGUAGGACCAAGAUGGAGUACUUGGAGUGCAAGUUUAAUGACUCGAGGCAAGAGGGCGAGGUGGUAGUGAAGAUGGAUUCUCAGGUGGUUUGUAAGAGGGAUAGUUUUAAGUAUCUUGGGUCUAUGAUAAAGGAAAAUAGAGAGAUUGAAGAGGAUGUCUCGAACCGUAUUGGGGCAUGAUGGAUGAAAUUGAGGCUCGCCUCGGGAGUUUUAUGUGAUAAGAAGGUGCCUCCCAAGCUUAAAGGUAAACUCUAUAGAGUUGCAGUUCGGCCAGCUAUAUUGUAUGGAGCGAAGUGUUGGCCAGUUAAGAAUUCUCACAUCCAAAAGUUGAAGGUGGCGGAAAUGAGGAUGUUGCGUUGGAUGUGUGGAUUUACGAGGGGUGACAAGGUUAGAAAUGAGGCUAUUCGGGAGAAGGUGGGAGUAGCGUCGGUGGAGGACAAGCUGUGGGAAGUGAGGUUGAGAUGGUUUGGUCAUCUGAGGGGCACUGUGGCCCUAGUUCGUAGGUGUGAGUGGUUGGCCUUGGAUGGUUUCAAGCGGGGUAGGGGUAGGCUAAAAAAAUAAUAGAGAGAAGUGAUUAGACGUGACAUGGAGCAGUUACAGCUUAUUGAGGACAUGACCCUAGAUAGGAAGGUAUGGAGAAAAAAUAUUAGGAUAGAGGGCUAGUGCGUGUGGAUGAAUCGUAGUCAGUAGUUAGGUGUGCUUUGGUGUAGCUUGGCUGGUAGUCUUAGGCUUGGGGGGAGGGGGAUGCCUUUUUGUUUGGUAGUGUACUAUAUAUUUUAUGGGUGUCGUAUCUGUGAGAAAUAAUAGAGAAAAUAUUAUUGAAUUGUUGUCUAAAUAAUUACAUUGACACCCUAUUUAUAGACACUACAAUACAAUCCUUUUCGAAGUAGGAUUUUGUAUACUAUUUCUAUUCCUACUCAUAUUCUAACACUCCCCCUCAAGCUGGUGCAUACAAGUCAUAUGUACCUAGCUUGUUACAAUUACAAUUAAUACGAGGACUGGUGAGGAACUUGGUGAAGAUAUCUGCAAGUUGAUUAGCUAACUUCACAAAUUUUGUAACAAUAUCUCUCGAGAGUAUCUCUAUGUGCUUGGUCCUCUCAUGGAACACUGGAUUAGAUGCAAUAUGAAGGGCUGCUUGAUUAUCACAUAAAAGUUCCAACUUACCGGUUUCUCCAAAUUUUAGUUCUCUCAGCAAUUGUUUGAUCCAAACUACAAGUUGCUGCAGCCGUUGCUUGAUAUUCUACUUCGGCGCUAGACCGAGCAACCACACUCUGUUUCUUACUCUUCUAGGACACCAAAUUACCACUUACUAAAACACAAUAUCCGGAUGUAGAGCUUCUAUCAGAGGGUGAUCCUGCCCAAUCAACAUCGGUAUAUCCAAUGAUAUGCUCAUGGCCUCGAUCCUCAUAGAGUAGUCCUUUACCUGGAGAUGACUUUAUAUAUCGCAAAAUACGAACAACUGCAUUCCAAUGACUAUCACAAGGGGAGGUCAUAAACUGACUUACAACAGUUAUGGGAAAAGAGAUGUCAGGUCUAGUCACUGUGAGAUAAUUCAACUUUCCAACCAACUGCCUAUACCUUCCAGGAUCACUAAGUGGCUCCUCCUGUCCUGGUAGAAGUUUAGCAUUUGGAAUUUUGGAUCUAUAUAAGUGUUAAUGGGUCGACAUCCUAUCAUUCCUGUCUUCUCAAGAAUGUCUAAAACAUAUUUGUGUUGAGAAAUAACAAUACCUGAUCUGGACAGUGCAACCUCAAUACCUAGAUAGUAUUUCAGUCUGCCGAGGUCUUUAGUUUGGAAAUAUUGAAAGAGAUAUUGCUUCAAGUUAGUGAUACCAUCUUGAUCAUUGUCGGUGAUAACAAUAUUGUCAACAUAAACCACCAGAUAAAUACACAAAUUUGGUUUAGAAUGGCGAUAAAACACUGAAUGAUUAGCUCCACUACGAAUCAUGCCAAACUCCUAAAUCACUCUGCUAAAUUUUUCGAACCAGGCUCGAGGGGAUUGUUUCAAACCAUAGAGUGACUUGCACAAUCGACAUACAAGGCUACUAGACUCCCCUGAGCAACAAAACCAGGUGAUUGCUCCAUAUAAACUUCUUCCUCAAGAUCGCCAUGCAGAAAAGCAUUCUUAAUGUUCAACUGAUAAAGAGGCCAAUGACGAACGAUAGCCAUAGAGAGAAAAAGACGGACAUAUGCUAUUUUAGCCACGGGAGAGAAAAUGUCACUAUAAUCAAACCCAAAUAUCUGUGCAUAUCCUUUGGCAACAAGGCGAGCUUUCAGCCGAUCAACUUGACCAUCUGAACCAACUUCGAUCAUAUAAACCCAACGGCAACCAACCGUAGAUUUACCUACAGGAAGGGAUAAAGUAGAGAUGUGACUGAGGAAUAGUAUGGAAUGGGGAACCUGAUUCUGGAUCGAAGAUGAUGGCAUUCUGUUAAUGAGAUAGCAAGAUGUGAGGAUUGCAUUACCCCCAAAACGCAGCGGAACAUGGGAUUCAAUGAGAAGAGUGCGAGCAGUCUCAAUGAGAUGCCUAUUUUUCCUUUCUGCUAUACCGUUCUACUGAGGGGUGUAUGGGCAUGAUAUCUGGUAAAUGAUUCCUUGGUGAGUCAGGAACUCCUGAAACUGGGAGGAUAAGUAUUCUAAAGCAUUAUUACUACGAAAAACACGAAUAAAAACACCAAAUUGGUUUUGUAUUUCGGCACAAAAACUUUUGAAUAUAGAAAAUAACUCGGAACGAUCUUUCAUCAAGUAAACCCAAGUACAUCUCGAGAAAUCAUCAAUGAAAGUAACAAAGUAACGAAAUCCUAAGGGUGAAUUGACUUUACUAGGACCCCAAAUAUCAGAAUGAACUAAUGAGAAAAUAGACCCUGAACGACUCUCAAUACUACGUGAAAUAUAACACGGGGGUGUUUCCCAAGUUGACACAACUCAUAAUCUAAUGUGGAUAAACUAGACAAACUAGGCACCAUCUUUUGUAGCUUGGAUAGACUCGGAUGUCCGAAACGUUUAUGAAUAAGGUAGGGAGGGUCUGUAACGGAACAUGCUGUGAAGGAAUUUGAAUAGGUAAGAUAAUAAAGGCCUUGUGAUUCAUGUCCUAUGCCAAUCGUCUGUCCCGUUUUGCGGUCCUGCAUUAGAAAAGAAUCAUAAAAAGAAGUCAUACUACAAUGAAGGGCACGUGUCAAACGACUAAUAGAUGCAAAAUUAAAAGGACAACCAGGGACAUAAAGAACAGAGUCUAGAGUGACAGAAGAUAGGGGUUUGGCUUGUCCAACUCCUUUUGGCUUUAUUUGGAUUCCAUUGGCUAAAGUAAUAGCAAGAAGAGAUUGUGAAUAAACAAUAUCAGACAGAAGUGAUUUGUCACUAGAAAUGUGAUCAGAAGCACCUGAGUCCACAACUCAUGAUCCAAA